ACCAGUGGCCGCCGGCGCGGCGCGACACCAUGAGGCGGCCCAACGUUUUGCUCACCGAAGUCACCCUUAUUUGUCCUUGUCAUGCCCCUUUUUGCACCCUAAAAAGAAAGCUGAUACGAACUUACCAACAUUGACUGACUAAAGGUACUCCAGGCGUUGGGAAAACCACGCUCGGAAAAGAACUUGCAUCAAGAGCAGGAAUGACCUAUAUUAAUGUGGGUGACAUGGCAAAAGAAGGAGAACUGUAUGAAGGUUUUGAUGAGGAAUAUGAUUGUCCAAUUUUGGAUGAAGAUAGGGUGGUUGAUGAACUAGAAGAUAAGAUGAGUGAGGGUGGAGUUAUUGUCGAUUAUCACGGCUGUGAUUUUUUCCCUGAGCGGUGGUUUCAUAUAGUAUUUGUACUUCGUACAGAAAAUUCAUUUCUGUAUGACAGGCUUGAAAGCAGGGGCUACAAAGGGAAAAAGCUGCAAGACAACAUUCAGUGUGAAAUUUUUCAGACACUUUAUGAGGAAGCUGUGUGUUCCUAUAGAGAGGAAAUUGUACACCAGUUACCCAGCAACACUCCGGAAGACCUAGAAAGAAAUUUGGAUCAGAUUAUGCAAUGGAUUGAGCAAUGGAUGAGGGACAACAAUUGACAUUUGGUGAAAAAGUCUUCCUGGGAGGGUUUCAUAAAUGACAUUCAUAAUUCUUGUAUGAUAAAUUAAAAUUAAUUUUAUUGUAAUCUUAUAUGGUUGUGCACUAGAAGGUUCAGAAUAGCCAGGUUGUAAGGCUUUGUGCAGCAGCCUCGGAAACACUCUGGGAGAGAGGCACACAGGAGAACUGACACAAGUGAAAAUUCAGCAGUGAAUGAAUGGACAAAAAUGACAUGGUUGCCCUUAGCAGGAGCUAGGUUCAGUAACUGAGGAUUUUUUGGAGGUUACAAUUAAAAGCAAUUGUGUUGCCAUCUCCUCCAAGAAAACUGUAAAAUUCUGAUAACUGAUGGCAGUUGAGGAGCUUUUGAUUUCUAAGGGAUAAAUGUCCUGAAGAGGAGUUAAUCUGUUUCUAAUGUUAGACUAAAACUUGCUAUACUCCGCAGUAUUUGAAUUUGUGGAGGCUAAUGUAGAGUGAGGGGAUGCAUGAUUUAACUUAAGGAGAGUGCUUUAUUUUGGAGGGAAGAGAAGUGACUUGGUAAGAGAGAUACUUUAAAAUGAUUACACAGAACUUCAGGAAUUAAGGUGUAAGGAAACAGGCACUAUAUCUACACUGGUGUGAAAUAUUAAACAGGAAGUUUUCUUUCUCCUUUUUCAGUCUGUUAUUCACCAUCACCCAUCCCAAUCAUGGAACAUACUUAUCACUGUAAGUUUAUCAAGGAAAUAUACCAUUUGGCAGGAUAGUGAACCUGCAGUGAUCCAGAACAUGGUUACACUUAAAAAUACUGGCAGCCAUCUGUUCUAAUUGUUUGUAAAGCCUGGGUCCCAGGAGAACAUUGUUGUGCAAAGCAGAAAUAUCCCACUGGAAAGGUGACUUGCAAAGCCCUGUGAAAGAUUCUGUAGAAAGUGCUUAGCUAAUAAACUUUUUACAUAUAUGAA